AUGCAUGCUUCUGUAGGUAAGGAUCUGAUAUCUGUGUUCGAAUCAUUGAUAUCGAAGGGAGUUGUGUAUGUUUUUGCAUACUUUGGAAUUAGCAAUAACUACAUUGCUGGAGUUAUGACCGGUAUAGAGGGUGAGAGGAAAUAUGCGGAGGAUGACAAACUUAUUGACAUGUUGGUCAUUCAUAUUGAGAAUGACAGCUUAAAGCUUAAUGUUGCUGUUCUUGGAAAGAUGGUGGACUGGAUCAAGGUUUUCGUGUACUGUAGAGAAACUUUGCAGUACCUGUCUGUGCUUUCUGACAAACUAGCGUAUGUUGCUGAAGAUGAAGUUUUAUAUUCCACUGAGACGAAGAUAAUAAAGGAGUUACGUGUGGCUAUGGAUGUUAGAUUUUAUGUUGUUCUGGCCAUUAUUCUUGAUGUUGAACCCGUUCCAAGUUGGUGGUAUAAAUCCUGUGUUUGCAGCAUGAAGGCAGAAGUUAAUGUGGAUACAUACUUCUGCGAUGGCUGUAAUAAAGACGUGAAUAAUGUGGUUGACAAGUACGACUCUAAUUGGACUUAUUUGUGCAAUCUUUUCAUAAAAAGCAAUGUAGUUAUGUAA